GCACAGGGGAGAUGCUACCUCACACUCGGCAUCCCAUUGCCAUCUCUUGCACUAAUAAGAUACACGCGUUUACAUUACAACGUCAACGUCAAUCAUAAACUAUACGCGUAAUUAAAUUUUCAAAGAUUAACAGACAUCGGCCGCCCAAGGAUUGCAACAUGAUGUUCCUGGGAUCAUCGUUAAUGAUACUGGCAGUAUCCACCCUAACCUCAGCCCGUCCAGAGCCACCAACUGGUCAAUAUCUACCCCCGGAUCAGCAGUACGGGCCACCACGUAAAAACGACUAUCCCGGUGGUGGCCAACCAGGCCAAAAUAUACAAAACGGUGGAUUUGGGGGAAAUCAAUACCUACCACCGAAUCAGCAAUAUGGACCACCCGGAGGUAGAGCCGGCGGUGGUUACGAUGAUGGAUACAAUGACACACCGGCUAAAUACGAAUUCGAGUACAUGGUGAAUGAUGCUGAUAGUGGAAAUGACUUUGGACAUAAAGAGAGUCGUGACGGUGAUGUGGCGCGUGGUAUCUACUACGUCUUGUUGCCUGACGGUAGACGUCAGACAGUCGAGUACAUUGCCGAUCAAAAUGGCUUCAGACCGGUAGUCAGUUACAUGCAAGAGGGCACGGGAAAUGGCUACCGAAAUGAUGGCGGUACUGGUUACCCAAGUGGAAACAAUGGUUAUCGUUAUUAGUUUCAUACAUGGACAACGACUAUUGGGCCUAUUGCCACAUUAAGAUCUUAACUGUAAUAUCCCACUACAAGACCUAUACCUCGCAUCAAUGAUUGCAGUUUAACCCGACAUUCGUUAUUAUUGAAAUAAUCAUUGAACUGUACAUUAUUAACUACAAACAAGUACCGAUUUAAAACAAAAAGAAAAUAAGCGAUAAUGAAAUCGCGAUAUUACUAUUUUCCAUUGCCACGUGAUAUGAUAUAUUAAGUCAAUAUAUCUCUCUCGUUAGGUGGAAAUAAUGUUGAAUUCCCAGUGCGACAAUAUCGCUACACUGCCAUACCGUACACAUUAGUCAUAAAUAUUUCCUAAAGAUUUUUUUUAUGUGCAUUCUCGUUAGUUACGGAAACAUGUACUACUGUUUGUAAAAUAGCUCAACGUUGAUAUCGCUGAAUUAUGUAGAGAUAAUAUCAUUUAAAUUUCCUAUUGACUUUUUUUUUAUCUUCACGGUUCAAUCCACUUUGUUCAAUGUAUUAUAUAUUUUACAUAUAAAAUAUUUAUAAAUUGCA